GCUAGUGAAUUUAUAAGGAGAUGCUGUGACAGUCAUAGAUGAACUUUUACAAAGUAGGCUCCCUAGUUCACUCGUUUUGCCUUCAACAUGCAGUCGCCGACAUUUGGACGAAUCUAACCGCGCAGUUCGGAACAAGUCUGCGGGACAACGGUGCGCUUUCUGGACAUUUAAUUUUAUGCCAAUGCGACGUAACUUGAAUCGUUUCUACACGUCAAGGAAUAUUAGUUCUGGAUUCUUUGUUUACCACGACUGAACUCUUUGGGGUAGAAGGCGUGGUGUGUGAUGAACCUAGAGAGUGCGUGUGGUUACCAGGUCGGGGCACGGAGCCCGCGAGAAGUGAUGGAGCAGAAAGUCCAAGGUCAGCUGAACUUUGGCUUCCAGAGGAGUUCCACGUCAGAUGACGACUCAGGCUGUGCCCUGGAAGAGUACGCCUGGGCACCGCCUGGCCUCAGACCAGAACUGGUCCAGCUGUAUUUCUCCUGUCUGCCUGAGGACAAGGUUCCUUACGUUAACAGUCCUGGAGAGAAGUUCAGAAUCAAACAGCUCCUCUAUCAGCUGCCUCCACAUGACAACGAGGGCCGCUACUGUCAGUCUCUCAGUGAGGAGGAGAAGAAGGAGCUCCACAUGUUCAGUGUCCAGAGGAAGAAGGAGGCGCUGGGGAGGGGCUCUCUCAAACUGCUGCCCCGAGACCUGCUACACAGCGUCUGUGAACAUUGUGGGGAGAGCAUCAACGGAGGGGAGAUGACGGUUUUUGCCUCCAGAGCGGGUCCUGGGCUGGCCUGGCACCCAGCAUGCUUUACGUGCUCCACGUGUAGUGAGCUGCUGGUUGACCUCAUCUACUUCUACCAGGAUGGAAAGAUCCACUGUGGCCGACACCACGCAGAGCUGCUCAAGCCACGCUGCUCUGCCUGCGACGAGGUUAUCUUUUCUGACGAGUGUACGGAGGCGGAGGGGCGUCACUGGCACAUGAAGCACUUCUCCUGUUUUGAAUGUGAGACGGUGCUGGGGGGGCAACGUUAUAUCAUGAAGGAUGGUCGGCCAUAUUGCUGCGGUUGCUUUGAGUCUCUCUAUGCAGAGUACUGCAAGGCCUGCGGGGAACACAUUGGUGUGGACCACGCCCAGAUGACGUACGACGGUCUCCGCUGGCACGCCACCAAGGGUUGUUUCUGCUGUGCCCAGUGUAAGAGCUCUCUGCUGGGCUGUCCCUUCCUGCCCAAGCAGGGCCGGAUCUACUGCUCCAAGGCCUGCAGUCUGGGAGAGGACAUCCACGCCUCAGACUCCUCCGACUCCGCCUUCCAGUCCGCGCGCUCCCGCGAGUCCCGCCGCAGCGUCCGAAUGGGCAAGAGCAGCCGCUCAGCCGACCAGUGCCGCCAGUCGCUCCUCUUCUCGCCCUCCGUCAACUACAAGUUCCCCGGGUUUACCGGUAACCCAGACACCGAUACGCUCGCCAACAAGCUGGCCCACCUGGGUUUAACCAACGAGGAGUGCUUCUGGAGGGGGAGGGAGGACACCGAGGGCCCCGAGGACCGGGGCGAGGAGGAGUGGGCCGAGCACGAGGACUACAUGACCCAGCUGCUGCUCAAGUUCGGGGAGCACGGAGUCUUCCAGCAAGGUGAGGUGGUCGACUCCAGACCUAGAACCGAUCUGUGGAUGACCGAGGCUGAGGUCAAGAUGAAACAGUGUGAGCCUCAGGGCUCUAGGGCUGAGACUGGAGGAGGAUGUGGAGGAGGGUCAGGCAGCCAGAGCCUGGCCAAUAAGAAGUACCAGACAGAUAUGUACUGGGCCCAGUCCCAGGACGGGCUGGGGGAUUCGGCCUACGGGAGCCACCCUGGCCCGGCCAGCAGUAGGAAGCUCCAGGAGCUGGAGCACGGUGCUGGGAGCAUCGGGGGUACCAGCUUCCAGAGGGAGGAGAAGCAGUGGUAUGACAACUCUCUGGAGUGCAUCACCGACAAGGUGAAACGGACAGAUCAGAGUGUCAGGGACUCCAUGGACUCACUGGCACUGUCCAACAUCACGGGUGCCUCUGUAGAUGGCGACAGUAAAGAGAGACCUCUGGUCUACUCCUUACAGAGCUUUCAGGAACUCGAGGCUGAGAGAGACUGUGAGAACACAAGCAACAUGGGAACUCUCAACUCCUCCAUGUUAAACCGCAGUGCCAAUUCCUUGAAGAGCCUUACGUCUGAGCUGGAGCAGGAGGAGAACGUACCAGAGGAAGAGAAGGCCCCUCUUCCCUCUCCCCCCAAGCCUCAUGUCCCGGCGUUGAGACGGACUCGAUCCCAGUCUCGACCACAACAGGUGAAGUUCUCCCCAGACGUCGUGGACAACAGUCGCUAUGGUGAUCUGCAGGUGCGCCAGCCUCCGAUGAGCGAGCGGACGCGGCGGCGAGCAUACCAUUUCGAGGAGCAGGACCAGGAGAUUGGUGACUCGGGCUCCGGCCGCUAUCACAACCACCACCACAGGAGACGCCGCAGCCGCAAGUCACGCUCCGACAAUGCUCUCCACCUGGUGCCCAAGGAGAGGGCCAAUCGCAUAUACUUCAGAGAGGACCACAGAGGUCAUAUGGGACACGGCUUCAGCUCAAAGAGGCCCCAGCAGCUGGCCUUCCUGCCCAACCAGCAGGGGUAUGGCCAGACCCAACAUCCCCACCGCCAUCCCCACCAAGCCACCUCAGACUUCAGACUCCAGCAAGGCCCAGCCAUGGAGAGGUUCAUGGGGUUGUGUGGGGACAGGGACCAGGAUGACUGGUGCUCCACCUGCUCCUCUUCUUCCUCUGAGUCUGAGGAGGAAGGCUUCUUCCUGGGCCAGCCCAUCCCCCAGACACACAGACACUACUAUGAUGGCCUGCCCAGCCCCAGCCACGUGGCAGGUCUGCCCUCCCCGCCUUACGGAGCAGUCCCACGGACUAUGUCCAAAAAGAAGAAGGGGCACAAGGGGAAGAACUGUAUCAUUUCAUAAGACUUAAAUGAUACUCUGUCUGCAACCCCCUUCUGAAUAUCGUUGUUGUUGCCACUAUUGUGAAUACAGAAAUGGCCCGCUUGUUAAAACUGUCUUGCCAACUGGAUGUAAUACAUGUUAACAUGGCUCGGAUACUAUUAUUGAAUUGCAUUACAAAAAAAACAGUUGCAUAAACACAUUUCAAAACUGUCAUCAUAAUUGUAUUAGAAAAAAAUGUAUGCAAAUAACUCUGAACAAAUGUAUUUAUAAAAACACCAUUUAGAGAGUAGCGGAAAUUACUAUUUAACAGUGCAGAUAUUAAUGUAUAUAUUGUAAAGUGUAAUUGUUUUUAUAACCCUGAGUCAAAUGUUUUUGUAGUGGAAUGGCAUUGAAAGACAAAACUGAUAGCAGUUAUCAAAGAAUCUUCUCUUUUCUUAACCAGGGUUUGAAAAAUGAAAUAUAUGAUAUGCUGCCAGCAAAGGUAUUCAGAGUGCAGAGUUUGACCCUGGGCCUGGUUUCCCAAAAGCUAUUUCUUGGUUGCUAAAAUUCAAAUAGUUCUCCUAAUUUCAGUUUGUGUGACAAAACAAGCAAGUAUAGUACCAUUUGGAGGGCGGCAGGUAGCCUAGUGGUUAGAGUGGAGGGGCGGCAGGUAGCCUAGUGGUUAGAGUAGAGGGGCGGUAGGUAGCCUAGUGGUUAGAGUGGGGGGGGCGGUAGGUAGCCUAGUGGUUAUAGUGGGCGGGCGGCAGGUAGCCUAGUGUUUAGAGUGGAGGGGCGGCAGGUAGCCUAGUGAUUAGAGUGGAGGGGCGGCAGGUAGCCUAGUGGUUAGUGUUGGGCCAGUAACCAAAAGGUUGCUGGAUCAAAACCCUGAGCUGACAAGGUAAAAACCUGUCGUUCUGCCCCCUGAAUAAGUCAGUUAACCCACUGUUCCCCAGUAGGCCGUCAUUUUAAAUAAGAAUUUGUUCUUAACUGACAUGCCUACUUAAAUAAAGGAUAAAUUAAAAAAACAUCUAAACUGCUGUGAAAUAUUUUCCAUAACCCAACAUUUUUUUUUUCAGCUGUACUAAACAAAGACGCAAAAACUAAACAUGGGAAGCAUAGAAAUAGCUCACAUAGAACAGAUCUACCACCUCUUAGACUUGCUUUCAAUGAGACUGACAGAUCUAUAACUCACAUCUCUGAAUUUGGUCGGGUCACCCAAAAUAAGUGACAUAUUCCAGCUUUAAGGCCCAGUUCUCCGUUAGAACCUUCGUUAAAUCUCCAAGCUUUUUCUCAAAACCAUCUUUAACGUUGCACUUGAAAACGCUCUUAAGCUAACAUGCUGACCACACCGCUCGCUUCGCAAAAUACAAUUUAAACAUACAUGUUAUUCGAUCAUUGAAUUGGCAUUGCCAAGCGCUAAAAUAGAAGUCAGUUCUAAUGCAAGAUCUGCCUCUCUUAUCUCAUUGGUCUAUAGUAGCAUAUGCCCACGUGCCAACUCCUGAUUUGUUGUUAUACCCACGUGGGUGAUUGAAAGAUGAACCGAGGUCGGUCGGGCGUGGUAAUACACCUUUUUAUGAAAGUUAGUUGCCAAUCGCCAUAUAAAGUCCGAAGAAGAAAAAUCCUGGAAGGAUAUAACUAGAAACGAUUCGGUUGACCGUUUUUUCUGUGUGGAUUAAUUGUCAGAGUAGAGGACCUUGUGCAUUUCAGGUAAAAUAACCAAAAUAUUUAUAUCCCAGGACAAAUUAGCUAGCAACAGCAAGCUAGCUCGCUAAAUUGCCAUAAAUGUUCAUACUUUUCAACCGGUCCCCAAAUGUAUAUAAUUGGUUCAGAGUUUGUUUUGAUAUUUUAACCUGCGUGUCGUGAUCGCGUUUGGUGUGUUGUGGACAAAAUACAUUUUUGCACAAUGGCAUGCGCGGUUUGGGUACGGUGUUACGCCUACUUCAGACCACUUGUAGAACAGCUAAGUGCAUCAACUGCUUUUUUGCCCUCCCGCGUCGUCACUUUAUACACAAAAGAUAAACAUAAACCAUUUGAUUCUAACAGUCUCCCUGUGACCACCGAUAACAUCAGAUCAAAGUUGACUACAAAUACAAUGUUGCGUAAAGGUCUUAGCAAUUGAUACAAUCGACAUAUAAAAACAUUAAAAUCAAAACCAGGAUGACUGCAUUAAAAUAUAAAACGGUAGGCUAUAGGCAUUUUUCAAUCAUAUUUAAAUACAUUUCAUGUUCGGUCAAUUGAGUUCCUUUUUGCCACUUGUUGGCUACAGUCUAAUUUGCCUCAAAAUAUUUAAUGUCAAAUAAAAUGUGUGGCCUAACAUGGUGUGCCAAAUCGGUGAUUUAACGCAUUUCUAUUGGGUAAAGCAUUAGAAUAAACCACAACAUUUGCAGCCAUAGGUGGUAAUCACGCUCUAGGAGCUGAUCCGUCGUAAGUAUUGUGAAAUAAUGCUAAUGUUAAGGUAAGAUUUUAAUAGAGAGAGCUGAUCCGAGAGCAGCGUUCCUUUCUUUCGAUCCCAUCAGUGUCAACACAUACUCCCAACGAUGCACCAAGUGACCGUUCUCUCUGCGUGGCGUUUUGGGAAACUCAUGCUACAGCUUCAACCGUUGUAGGAAAGAUGCAUCGUUAAAAAACACUUGUAAACCUAAAGUUCCAACGCUGUCGGGAAACCGGGCCUAGGAUAUUUCUACAUGUGCUUUUUAAUGCAGUUAGAGCUCUGACAGGACUAUCACAUGUACUAUGUAGGGCCUUGUUGGGUUGAAUAUUUUAUUCAUGGUUCAUAUUGUAUUGUAAACAGAUCAGUCAUCUGUAUAAAUGUAAGACCUGGAAUAUAAAGGCUAAGAUUGAUGCUAAUAAUAAUUGUAAUAAAAAAUAUAUUAUA